AUGCCACAGAAGUCUUGGGCCACUGAGGCUGAGACGGUGCUCCUCACCUCCCUGCGACCGUCAUUUCUCGAGCACCAAAAGUGUCGCACCCUCACCAAAUUCUGGGCCUCCCUGAACACCGAAUUUUUCCAGCGAUUUCCUGAGCGUGUUAAGCUCUUUGGCCCCGACAUCUCGGAUAGCAUGUUAUCUGAGGAGCAACGGACCGCGCUCGGGGAAGCAAUCAAAAAGUGGCAGAGCCAAUUGAAAACAUGGUUCAAUUGGCGCCGCCCUAACAAUGCUCGGAAGGUCGCUCGCAUCACCCCAAUCACGAUGGAGAGCUUAGGUGUGAAGCCCAAGCACCGAGUUCUCAAGGAGUGGGAGGAGUAUUCAAGACAGUUCUACAAGGAUAGAAUAGAGUCUCACGUUAAGGUGGCACUCGAGCGUGAAAAACCGACACGUCACGAAUCCCUUAACGUCGUUAACCAUGUCACAGAUGAACGGUUCAAGCAGGAGGAAGAUUGGGUGAGGAAGCAGGUUUUGGAUGCGAUUGAGGCCAGCAAGAAGCAGUCAGAUGAGAAGAGCUGUGGUGGUGAUACCGAGAGGUCUCCCCGCCAGUACCAACAGGCAAUCAACGACAUGCCGAUUAUCCUGAAGCAGGUAUUCAGCGAGCUGGUGGCGGACUCAGGUUGGGACAUCACAGUCAUAGUGGGAGGACCAUGUCCAGAUGAAGGAGGCGACAUCAUCACCAUUGCAUAUGUACUCCCCUUUAUCUCAGUGCUCUCAUUGGCUAAUGCAUAA